AUGUGGCCCUCACCCAAGGUUGCUGCCCUCCUCCUUUGGGCUCACUCCCUUCUCGUCGCCGGCUCUCCCGUCGACACCACUGAAGCCUCCGAGCUCGUCGCCCGGCAAUCCUGCCCCGAGAUCCACGUCUUCGGCGCCCGUGAGACGACCGUCCCGUCAGGCUAUGGCACUGCUGGUCAAGUCGUCAACCUCAUCCUGCAGGCCUUCCCUGGCGCCACGUCCGAGGCCAUCAACUACCCUGCCUGCGGUGGCCAGGCCAGCUGCGGUGGUAUUCAAUAUGGAGAUUCAGCCAGGCAAGGCACCCAGGCUGUUGCCAAUGCUGUCAACAGCUUUCAUCAGAGGUGCCCGAACACUAAGCUUGUGCUGGUUGGCUAUUCUCAGGGUGGUCAAAUCAUGGACAACGCUGUCUGCGGCGGACCUGACACUGGCUCUGGUAUUACCACGACCACUCCUCCCAUCAGCCAGAGCGCUCUGGACGCCAUCAAGGCCGUCAUUCUCAUGGGCUCGCCCCGCUAUGUCGCCGGUCUGCCUUACAACGUCGGCACUUGCACUGCCCAGGGUUUCGCCGCCCGCCCCCGUGGCUACGUCUGUGGCUCCAAUUCGUCCGACAAGAUCCAGAAUUACUGCGACAGCACCGACCCGUACUGCUGCACAGGCAAUGACGCGAACUCCCACCAGCAAUACGGCGUCAAGUACGGCCAGCAGGCGCUCAACUUCGUGCGCAGCAAGCUCAACAGCAGCUCUGGCGGUGGUGGCGGCUCGCCGACUACUUCGGCUGGUGGCUCCCAGCCUACUCAGCCUUCGAAUGGUGGCGGUAGCAACUGCAGUCCCAAGUGGGGCCAGUGCGGCGGCCAGGGCUGGACUGGCCCGACAUGCUGCCAGAGUGGCUCAACUUGCCGCUUCCAGAACAACUGGUACUCUCAGUGCCUGUAA